UCCUGGAAACACAAAAGUGAAUACGCACAAACGCACUGCAUGUACAAACGAUAAUACAAACAUUUUCGACACCAUGAACGAUAGUAAAUAUAUGAAGCCCGUUGGAGAACGGACGUCAAGAGGGAAAACAACGGCGGAAGCGAAAGGUCUGGAGUGGACGAAAAAUGUUCCUGUAACAAAAGAAUACGAAUUUGUAAGAAGAGAUGAUUCCCACAUGGCAAAAAAUGAAACCGGCUUCCUUGAAAUAGGUAAAGCCGAUCCAACCUAUGCCUACGACGUCGGAGGAACGUGGAAACUUCUCUACAGAAAACCCGAUGAAAAGCCUAUAGGACCCGGUAUCAAGCCAAAGAAUGAACAACCGAUGAAAAUCUUCGUUCGCUCUUGGAACGACGAAAUAUUCCCUCUGGACAACGUUAAGCCACAAGACAGCAUCGACGAGAUACGAUUCCGAUUAGAAGAAGAACACUGCAUCCCUCGAGAACAGCAACGGCUGCGACUAGGUAGCGGACAACCUCUGGUCAAAGAUCGGAAGAGUCUGGAAGAAUAUGGGAUCAAGGACGAGGACAUUCUCGAUCUUGAACCGAUGUCAAUCACAGUUCGGCUUUUGGGUGGUCAAACUGUUCACCUCGAGGUGGAACCGCAAGAUGCCAUUAAAGACAUCAAGUGGCUAGUAGGGAACAAGCUGGAUAUUCCAAUUGAUGACUGUAUUCUUUUAUUCAAAGACAAGUCGUUACCUGAAACCUCCACCCUGGAUGAAAAUGACAUUCACCAUGGCGAUGUGAUUGAUUUGCAACAAAUGGAAAUCUACGUCAUUGAUUUAGACGGUCAGAAGCUUGAAUACUUGGUCAGUCCAUCGGAUACGAUUGAGAGCAUCAAAAAUGUGUUGGAAGAAGACACUGGAUUGAAGAGAGAGGAUCAGAGAUUGUGCUUUCAAGACAACCUUCUAAAGAAUGAUAAAAUGACUCUCAAGGAUGCUGGAAUCAAACACCAAGACACCCUUGCACUUGAGCCGAUGCAAGUAACUGUCAGAUCUACUACCGGGGGUACCGUUGACCUUCUAGUGGAACCUGAUCAAAACAUCGAAGAUAUCAAGUGGCUCGUGGAGCAAAAUCUUAACAUUCCCAUAGAAGAUCAGCAUCUUUCUGUCAGAGGGUGCUCGAUACCUCACAAUACUAGUCUUCGUGAAAACAACAUUUACCACGGCGACGUCAUUGAUUUACUACCAACGAAAAUCUAUGUCAUUGAUCUGGAUGGCCAGCAAUGGACGUACCCAGUAAAUCUUGAGGACACUGUCAAAAGCAUCAAGGAUCGGUUGAGCUAUGAUACUAGGAUCAAUCGGAAAAACCAGAGGUUGAGUUUCAAGGGAAAGCUUCUCGAAAAAGAUAUGAGUACCCUAAGAAACAAUGGUAUCCAAAAUGAGGAUGCGCUGCACCUUGAGCCGAUGCAGAUCAAAGUCAUUGCUCCUGAUGGCGAUGUUUAUGAACUUGUUGUGUCUCCUGAUGAUACUAUUCAAGAAAUCAAGGAACUAGUGCAGGAACAGCUCGGUGUACCAGUUGAGGAUCAGACUCCUACAUUCAGAGGCAACCCACUUCCUGAAAACAGUACUUUGGAAGAAAACAAUAUUGACCAUGGUGAUUCAAUUGAUUUGCAACCAACAGUGAUUCAUGUCAUUGAUUUGGAUCGCAAGAAGUGGUCGUACUCGGUGAACCUCGGUUUGGAUAAUAUCAGAAGCCUUAAGAACCAGUUGAAAAUUGACACAGGUGUUAUCCCAAAGCUUCAACGUUUGGUCUUCAACGGCAACCUUCUCAAGAAUGACAAGAGUUCUCUGAAAAAUGCUGGGAUCAAACAUGAGGAUAUAUUGAGGCUCGAACCUAUGCAAAUCACGGUGAGGACUAACGAUGGACGUAUCGUUGACCUUGCGGUGGAUCCUGAUGAUACCAUUGAAAGCAUUAAGAAGCAAGUUGAGGAAUACCUUAGUAUUCCCAUCGAAUAUCAGCUUCCGGAAUUUCAUGGAAGUCUGCUGAAUGACAACAGCACGCUCGAGGAAAAUGGCAUCUAUCAUGGUGACGUGAUUGACUUGGGACCUAUGGAGAUUUACGUCAUUGAUUUGAAUGACCUGAAUUGGACGUACAUGGUUGACCCCUUUGUCAUGGUCAGCAGCAUCAAAUCAAAAGUAGAACGCGACAUUAAGGUGAGCCGGAAACACCAGCGCUUGAGUUUCCAAGGCCGUCUUCUCGAGAACGAUGAGAUAACGCUAAAGGAUGUUGGAAUCAGGCACAGGGAUACACUGAAACUCGAACCAAUGAGAAUCAAAGUUAUUGCUCCGGAUGAAAGUAUCACCGACCUUGCUGUGGAUCCCAAUGAUACUAUUUUAGAUGUCAAGGACCAGAUACAAGAUAAAUUGGGUAUUCCGAUUGAAGAUCAGCUUCCUGUGUUUGGUGAAAGUCCACUGUGUGAUAAAAGUACGUUAGAGGAAAAUGGAAUCUGCCAUGGGGACGCAAUUGAUUUGAAACCAAUGGAGAUCUAUGUCAUCGAUUUGGAUGGCAAUAAACGGACAUACAUCGUUGAACCCACCGAUACCGUCAAUAGCGUCAAGAUGAAGCUAGAGGACGAGACGGGAGUAAAGAGGAAGGAACAGAGAUUGAGCUUCCAAGGCAAGGUUCUCAAGAAAGGCAAACGCACCCUCAAGGAUGCUGGAAUUAGACAUAAAGACACCCUAAGGCUUGAAAAUGUGAAUAUCAUCGUCAGGGCUCCCGACGGACGCACCGUCAACCUUCUUGUGGAUCCCGAUAACACCGUUGAAGAUAUCAAGGAGAAAGUACAGAAUCAGCUUCGUAUUCCAAUCGAAGACCAGCGUCCCACAUUCAAAGACAGCCUGCUACCUGACAAUAGCACUUUGGCAGACAACAACAUUGGCCAUGGCGAUGUGGUUGACCUGCAACCAAUGGAGAUCUAUGUCAUUGAUAUGGAUGGCAGGCAACACACCUACACAGUGGAUCUGUCUGAUUUCAUCAAAGACGUUAAAGAUCGUGUGGCAGAUGGCACGGGUGUGAAACCCAGACAACAGCGCUUGUUUUUCGAAGAAACCCUUCUGGACGACGAUCGUAACACCCUCCAGAACGCUGGAAUCAAGCACCAGGACACGCUCAGGCUCGAGCCAUUCGAGAUCUCCGUUCGGUUCCCACUCGGCGAGAAGACAAUUGUUAUUCAAGUAGAUCCCGAGACCACGACUGCCAAUGAUCUGAAACGCAUUAUACAGGAUCGCGAAGGCAUUGCGCCCGGGGAUCAGACCCUGAGUUUCGGAGGCCAGAAGCUCGAAAAACCGAACCCGCUUGGGGAUUUCGACGUCAAGCACGGCGACAUAAUCGAUCUGAGAUUACCACCUCCACCAAAGAUUAAAAAGUCGUACCUGACCCCGGAGUGGAAAGAAAAACAAAAGGACCGUUACGGCAACCUCAAAGUUACAACAUAUAAAUUGGACUACAAUGGCGAACCGGGAGAUUCUCUCGUCGCCGAAGUCAACGUUGACAGUUCUGACUUCAAGUUUCAGAGUCCUCAGUUGAAGAGCCAAAUGAAGUUUUAGGAGACAGAAUGCGAAGGCAUCCCAUUAUAUUUAAAUUCUUGUAAAACUAUACGUGACAAUUUUUUAGAAACCAACAUCAAAACCACAAUGAGAUCUAUAGCAGCAGUAUGAAUCAGCACCAGUGGGGUUCCGGUUGUAUCAAUAUAGCUUUUGCGUCCAGAUUCCUCCGAUUGAUGCUCGAUUAGCGGCAAGUGUCCCACGAGGCAGMAAGCCCUUGCUAGCGGUAUUGCCGUAGCAAUGGGCUUGCGCCGUGUUUUGUUUUGUCCCUUCAGGUAGAUAUUCCCACUAGUUUUUCGCUUAGUGCCCACAGGCGCUUUGCCUUUUCGUCGUCCAUCGACUCCGUGCUUGUGGCCACGGGGGCGAAUUCCUUGCCAAAGGCCCCCUGAUAGUCGUUCCCGUCGGCCGCGUACUUGAACGAGGUCCCAGGUUUGCUGUCAAAGAA